UCGCAAGAACCUCCUUUAUUUUCCUCUUUCGCAAAAUUUCAUUGAAAUACCAACACGCGCGCUGUGCUGCAUACCAGCUUCAUUUUGACUUGAUGAACAACAAAAAGAAUGACUCUCCUCGACAUCUUCCAUAGAUUGAAUUCAAGCUUCUUUCAAGAAUCCAUCCAUGCUUCUGCACUAUCAAAACAGUUUUGAAGUGGGUAAUUUUGGUGGGUUUUUGUUCAAGUUUUGUAAAUGGUGAAAUUGGUCAGAAAUUAGAUAAUCUUGUGAAUUUAGGUUAGUGAUAAUGGCGAGAAUUUUGUCUCCGAAGUUGAAAUCGCUUUCUGGGUCUGUUUUUUCUUCAUCAAAAUCAAUGGCAUCUGGGUUGAAUUAUGCUUAUAUGAAUAAUAUGAGAGCUGGUGAUCAUAUUCAUGCUAGACCUAUUGUUGGUUACAAGGGUCACAAUAAUCACACUGAUACUCAUUGUAGUAUGUUGAGUUUUGAGCCUAGAGCUUGUGCCCAGCUGUGUAAACCCAAUUAUGGUUCAACAUUUUCACCCACAUUGUCAAGUUACCGGGUUUUGAGUAGCUUCCCUUUAACAUCUAUGUCGGGUUUCCUGUCAUAUUCGUCGUUCGGUGGUAGUAAAGGGGAUAAUAAGGGCCUUGAUGUUCAGGAAGCUUCUGGAAUAGGAGAUGCAAGUGUUAGUGGAGGUGGUGAUGGGACUGUUGGGAGUUCUGAGUGGGUUGAUAAACUUAAGGAUGUAUGGAAAUCUGUUGUAGAUGCAGCUAAUAUCACUGCGCAAAAGGCUAAGGAAGCCUCUGAUGAGUUAACUCCUUAUGCGCAGCAAGUGAUGGAUUCUCAUCCAUACCUUAAAGAUGUUGUGGUACCUGUUGGUGGCACAUUCACUGCUGCUUUACUGGCGUGGCUGGUCAUGCCAAGUAUUUUGAGGAAAUUGCACAAUUAUUCUAACCGAGGAUCGGCUGCUUUGCUGUCUGGAACUGGAAGCAUAUUUGCUAUUAAUGUAGCAUACGAGAAGAGUGUUUGGGGUGCAUUAGAGGGUCCAGUACGCUCUCUGACAACUUUCAUGGUGAUUUCUGAAAUAUGCCAUUUGAUUGCUCCAGAUGCUGUUGCAUCCCAGCUGAUUGGUCAGGCUUGGAAAGGGGCAGUUGCCCUUUCACUUGUAUGGUUUGUGCAACGUUGGAAGACUAAUUUGUUUGCUCGUGCCCUGGCUUCUGAAAAACUUCAACUGCUUGAUCGUGAAAGGCUGCUUACUUUGGACAAGAUUUCCUCUGUUGGCCUUCUAGCUGUUGGAAUUAUGGCUAUAGCAGAAGCAUCUGGUGUGGCUGUUCAGUCUAUUAUUACCGUUGGUGGUAUUGGGGGAGUGGCUACUGCAUUUGCGGCAAGGGACAUCCUUGGUAAUGUGCUUAGUGGCUUGUCAAUUCAGUUCUCUAAGCCAUUUUCACUUGGAGAUACCAUUAAGGCUGGAUCAAUAGAAGGUCAAGUGGUGGAGAUGGGUUUAACUACUACAUCAUUAUUGAAUGUUGAAAAGUUUCCAGUAAUAGUUCCGAAUUCUAUUUUCUCCAACCAGGUCAUUGUGAACAAGUCUCGAGCUGGGUGGCGUGCUUUUAUCAGUAAAAUCCCACUGCAAUUCAGAAAUAUGGAAAAAAUUCCCCAGGUUUCAGCUGACAUAAAGUCAAUGCUAGAUUCGUAUCCAAAAGUUUUCUUGGGACGUGAGGCUCCUUACUGCUACCUCCCUCGCAUUGAGAAUUCAUAUGCUGAACUGACUCUUGGAUGCAAUCUCCAACAGCUGAGCAAAGCAGAGAGGUAUUCCACGGAACAAGAUAUCCUGCUAAAGUGCAUCCAGAUCAUUCAGCAGCAUGGUGUUUCGUUGGGCAAUACACAGCAAGAUCUGAUAAGCCAGUGAUUUUUUCAGAUUGAAACAUCCAGCACUUAGGUAGUUCGUUGUCUACUCGUCUUCACCAUUGACUCAAAGACAUACAAGGCAUGACACACCGAAGGUGAUUACUAUAACUUCUCUUGUUCUAGCUGUGCAAGUCAGGGAGGAAUUGAACGCAAGAAAUUUCCAUAUUCGUGAAAGGGCACAUUUAUGUUAAGUACGUUACACUGCUGCUUCAUAUUACAGAUUACAGUAUGCUGUUUAAAAAAUAGGAAAAUUUUGACUCUUGUUAGAAAUUUUGAUUGUCUGUGAUCAUCAUAGAAACUGCAUCAGCUUGUUAAUAAUUCGUAUUUGGUUUUAAUCAAAGAAUGGUGGAUGAAUGGUGGAUUGUGGAGGC